AUGCUCUUCAGUUUGGCAUCACCCCCGAUGAGUAAGCAGUGUCAGGCCGCGGCGGUGUCGGUGCCGGUGUCGUCGUCGUCGUCGUCGUCUCCGUUGUCUUCAUCGGACACCGCAGUUGCGCAACACCAUCGAAAUCUAUCAAUCGCGGCCGAAGAUGCCAUUUCAAAUCGCUCGACAUGGGAUCGGUCGCCGACGGUGGCGGCGACUGGCGCCGAAUGCCUUAAUGAGCGUCUGAAGUUUUUGCGGUCGGCCCCACACAAACAAGCUUCACCACCGCCGGUCAUCAUCGCGGUUCGUGACAGCGUCGGAUGCAAGGAGGGCGGUUCGGCGGCGAUUCGCGGAUGUUUACGUGUUGCGGCCACCGCCGGAGGCGUCCACGCAGAUCUUGGGCUGAUUCGUGGCAGGCAUUCUGACCCCGUUCCCAUUUCUUGUUCGCAUGUUGUUGUAUCGCUGUGGCGGGUUAAGUGGUAG